ACACUCUAUCCACUGAGCCAAACCAGCCAGGGCAAGAGAUAAUUAUUCUUAAUUUUUUGGAGUAUAUUCUUUGAGAGGUCUUUCCCCUCCUUACUGGUUUUGUGUGUGUAGAUGGAAAGGGAAGAAAUGUGUAUUUCACAUAUUUAUCCUCACCCAAGGAUAUAUUUUUAUUGAUUUUAGGGGGGGGGGGGAGAAACAUCCAUCGGUUGCCUCCCGUACUUGCCCCCACUGGGGAUCAAACCCACAACCAUGGCACAUCGGGAUGACACUCCAACCAACUGAGCCCCGGGGCCAGGCUUUUUUGUUUGUUUCUUUUAAGGAUUAUUUUAGAAGAACGGUGGGGUAGUUCACAAAAUUGAACACCAAAAAGUAAGGUCAGAUAACUAGUUCACACAAAGGACAACAGGGUGUCUUAGCUCUGACUAACUUCUGUACCUGUUCAUCUCUACCCAGAAUCUAAUUCCGUGGAGAAACUAGCACAGAACAGGUCACUGCCCUGUGGUCAGGGAGCAAGACCCUGUGACUAGUGCUCUCCCCUCCCCCCAAGAACCCACUGUGUUAAGGAGAGGCGGUUCCCCAAUGGGGGGGUGCUGGGCAGACCCAGGCAGGACCUAGCCAUUACAGUGCCUUUCCUGACUCCCCUUUACCUGCAAGUCUACACUCCUCUGUAAGUGAUCCAGUAGCUUUGCACCCCACCCUAUAUUACAGUUGCAACUCCUCACCAGCUGUUACUGCAAGGUGGACCAGCAGGUGCCACACGGAGGCACUCAGUAAGUGUUGGGUGGAUGGAAUUCUAGGCAGACCUCAGUUAGAAAUGGCAAACAUGUGUCUUCUCCUUUUCCGAGGUGAUUGCUGGCUUCAACCGCCUUCGGCAGGAACAGCGGGGCCUAGCAUCCAAGGCAGCCGAGCUGGAAAUGGAGUUGAAUGAGCACAGCCUAGUGAUUGAUACACUGAAGGAGGUAGAUGAGACCCGCAAGUGCUUCCGCAUGGUUGGAGGGGUGCUGGUGGAGCGCACUGUCAAAGAGGUGCUGCCUGCCUUGGAGAACAACAAGGAGCAGAUUCAGAAGAUCAUUGAGACACUGACACAGCAGCUUCAGGCAAAGGGAAAAGAACUAAAUGAAUUCCGGGAAAAGCACAAUAUUCGGCUCAUGGGCGAGGACGAGAAGCCAGCCAAGGAAAACUCAGAAGGAGCUGGGGCGAAGGCCAGCUCAGCCGGAGUGUUGGUCUCCUAGGGAUCAAGGCUUUUGCAUUUUUUCCUACCUGACUCCCACUCUAAUUUCUCGUUAUUGUUGUUACUUUCUCUGCUAUUAUAAUAUUUUUUGUUAAUUAAAUGUUUUAGUCAGAA